AUGCUAAAUUUAUCUCUUUGUAAAGCUGUUCAUGAUUCUGUCUGCAUAAAACCCUUUCAGCAAUGAACCACCUCUUGCAUUUCUUCUUUUUUGUUACAUUUUGCAACAAGUAGUUUCAUAAGAGGAAAGAAAAGAAUGAGAAGAAGCAGUUUAACCAAAGCUUGUUUCUCUACCUUCUUCUUCUUCUUCCUCCUUACAUGCCUCAUUGCAAACUCUGCGACUCACAACAUUACCAGAAGAAGUAGCAAAGACAAAACCCAUAGAAAGAAGUGUCCUAUAACUAGUAGUACACACCAGUGUUCAAUACCAACACCACCACCACCCCCAGCUUUACCUCCAAACACACAAAAGGUUCUCUCAUUUGCAGACCAAAGGCUUCAAGUGGUAUACCCAGUCAUCCAGAAAUUCAAGUCCAUCAUCACCUCUGAUCCUCUCAACAUCACCAAAAGUUGGGUAGGAUCAGAUAUCUGCAACUACAAAGGCUUCUACUGUGACAAUCCACCAUACAACUCAUCCGCAAUCGCGCUUGCCUCAAUCGACUUUAAUGGCUUCCAACUCGGUGCUUCUUCCCUUGAUGGUUUUCUUGAUCAGCUUCCUGAUAUUGCUCUGUUCCAUGCAAACUCCAACAACUUUUCCGGCACCAUUUCCUCCAAAAUUGCCAACCUCCCCUAUCUCUAUGAGCUUGACAUAAGCAACAACUUAUUCUCUGGUUCAUUCCCAACCGCAGUUCUUGGCAUGAACAGCUUAUCUUUCUUGGACCUAAGGUUCAAUUUCUUUACAGGUUCUGUUCCGCCUCAGAUUUUCACUCAGGACCUUGAUGCUCUCUUCCUCAACAACAACAACUUCAUGCAGAGCCUCCCUGAUAAUCUAGGCAGCUCACAUAUUAUCCUCCUCACUUUGGCAAACAACAACUUCAAUGGCCCUAUUCCAACCAGCAUUGCAGCAGCUUUGUCAUCUCUCACUGAAGUCCUGCUACUCAAUAACCAGCUCACAGGUUGUUUGCCUUACGAACUUGGUUUACUAAAGGAGGCCAUAGUUCUUGAUGCUAGCAACAAUCAGUUAACUGGUCCAUUACCGUUCUCUUUGGCUUGCCUAGACAAAGUUGAGCAGCUGAGUUUUGCUGGCAACUUAUUGUUUGGCUUGGUGCCGGAUGUGAUCUGUGAGCUGCUGGUGAAUUUGGCAAACUUCUCGCUGUCCGAUAAUUACUUCAUCCAUGUUGGUCCAAUAUGUCAACGUUUGAUUCAGAGAGGACUGCUGGAUGUUACUAACAACUGCAUUCCUGGUCUUCCAUUCCAAAGAUCAGUAGAAGAAUGUGCAGGUUUCUUUGCGCAUCCCAGGUUCUGUCCCAAUAUGUGGUCCUAUACCUACAUUCCCUGCAGUAAGUUUCCUUAUACUUCUUUGGUUCAUCAAGUGAAUCCUACACCUUGAAGUUUUCGUAUGUUGCUCAGUCAUUCUUUCACUCGUCUCAAUGUAAUUAUGUAACAAGCAUGUUAUAUACAUUUCAUGAGUCAAAAUCUGGUGUACUGUGAAUUAACAACUGAAAAUAAGAAAUUGAUAAGGUGAUUAUAGUCUGAAGGAGAAGAACUCAUUUCACUCCUUAGCCGGCUUUUACUGUAACAUUCUUU